AUGACAUCUCAAAGCCCCGCAUUUUCGACCAAUGAGCUUCCAGGAGGUGGCGGUGAGGUGUCAGUGCCGAAGGCUUUCUCCCACUUGCGCUUUUUUGGCAGUUUGAGGGUUGAUGUACUAAUCCACACUUUUCGAGGACCACAUUGGAUCAGAUUCACACAGAUCUACUUGAUCUCUAAGACUUCCACUGACAAUCAGUUCCCUACUGUCAAAUUUUGUCACAAGAUGGUGCCGACAAGCUUUCAAUACCGACCCCUUCCCCCCCCUCCAGCCAAGCUCAUCCGGCUCUUGUCUAUCCACCCGAGCGAAGACAAUACAGCCCCGAUCUGCCUAUCGUUUACGAAUCAACCAGCCUGCAUCGACAUUCAAGAUGAAGCUAUCACACCUUACGAAGCUCUGUCCUAUGUAUGGGGCUCCGAAGCCGACCCGGCUCCAAUCGCCAUGAUCACGAUCGACGCUGACGGCUCAACAAAACACAACACAAUGCUCGUCACCCAAAACCUUGCCACCGCGCUCAGACACCUCCGUCUGCCCUCGAGCCCGCGCACAAUCUGGAUCGACGCCAUCUGCAUCAACCAAAACGACUGGACCGAAAAAGGCCACCAAGUCAGUUUCAUGGGCGACGUCUACGAAAAAGCAGCCCACGUCGUCAUCUGGCUCGGCCCCGAAGGAGACGAUAGCAGCCACGCACUGAAUAUCCUCCGAGACAUCGGAUCCCAAGUCACCGUUGACUGGAACAUGCAAUCCAUGACACCCACCCCCAACGCCCGCGACCCCUCACUCGCCGACAUUGACACCCCCUUUCCUGACGACGGGCAUUACACCCCCCGCGACGCCAACGCCGUCGAAGCAUUACUCAAUCGGUCUUGGUUUGAACGACUCUGGGUCUUACAAGAGCAAGCACUAGCAAACAACGCAACAUUUCAAGCUGGCCAUUCCACCAUCUCCCGCCUCGACCUCCGCAAUGCGGUCUACUGCACCAACGUCAAGAACUCUGAAGGGUCUAGCCCGAUGGCGAAGCUGUGCCGGACUGAUAGGGCUUGGCUGGUGGUUGCGAUGUGCAGGCCUAGAUUCCCUAUCAACCUGACAGAAAUGCGGACGUACUGCGAAGAGAUGAAGUGCAAGGAUCCAAGAGAUAGGGUUUAUGCACUGUUGAGGCUGCUGAGUGGGUUUGAGAGGGAGGGGGGUGCUGCGGAGGUUGUGAGGCCGGAUUAUACUGCUUCUGUUGCCGAGGUGUAUGGGGAUGUGGUGUUGAAGUAUAUCCAGGCGACUAGGAAGGGGGAUAUUUUGGCGCAUGCGGGGGUUAAAGACGAGGAGGGGGGGUCAAAGUGGUGGCCGAGCUGGAUUCCGGAUUGGUCUUAUGAGAUGGAGAGGCAUAUGUAUGGACUGCCGUGCUCUGGGGGAGAGACUUUUCUUGCGGUUGUCACGGAUACGUCUCUGGAGGGGACAUUUCUCUCUAUGGUUGGUGUCCAGUGCGCGGAAAUCACGGUUACGGCCCUGCCAGACGACACUACCACUCCUCUUGCCACGCUGGCCAGCUUUCGAAAGCUCUUCAGGGAUGUUUUCGCCAAGGUGACGGCUGUGCAACAACCAAUUCUCCUAGAAAGCAUGAGCCGGGCAGUCAGCGCAGGCCGCUUUCGAGAGACGUUUAUCCCACCGGAAAACUACUACCUGCCUAUGUCUGACGUGACGGACAUGCUGCGCAAAGUCCUGACCACAUCUGAGGAUUUUCGUGAGGAGAACAAUGAGGACCCAAACUUGGUACUCCUAGGAAAACACAUGACGACCUGGGUUCAAGGACGCCAGUACUUCAUGACAUCUGAUGGCAGAUUUGGGCUUGGACCCAAGGCAACACAGCCAGGAGACAUCGUAUGUCUUUUCCUCGGGACAGACACCCCUCUAAUCUUGCGUGCAACAGAAAAAGACAGGCAUCUUGAGUUCUAUCAACUUGUUGGAGACGCCUUCAUGCAUGGUAUCAUGGCUGGCGAACCAUUCUUAGGACCACUCGAAAGUUAUCAGCGGCAGGUGUAUGCAUUCAACGAGAGUAAUCGAGGCAGCCUAUCCAUCUUGGAUGAACGGACAGGAGAGGUCGUUAUCAAGGAUCCAAGGAUCGAAAGAUUAGGGCUAGGCCUUAAAGCCGUUGAUACUUUCACAAGUUCGGGUGGCGAGUUGAGAUAUGAAAUAAGUAUGCAGCAACUGAAAGAGAAGGGUGUGGCAGUACAAGAUUUCUGUUUAGUUUGA